UAUCAAACCUCAGCAGAGCCCAUUCAUUCUGAAAGUGAAAGUUUCAGGCUAAAGGGCAAAAGGAGCUGCAAGGAUAAUUUCACCUCACUCAAUUUAGGAUACCAGUGGAGUUCACAGUUCACUCUCCAGAAUGACCGAGGCUGUGGACCGACUGCGUCUGCUUCAGUUUGUGCUGAUCCAAGCCCUGUUUCUCACAGGCUGCUCCAGUGAAAGUGACAGAAAUGUCGAAUGUCAGAAGAUAACUGGAACAGUUGGGAAACCAUUAACUCUGACCUGCAAUAUUGUAGGUGAUCAAAGCUGCAGCUGUACUCAAUACAAAUGGAAAAAGAAUGGAAUUGAGCUGAAAAAUGGCACUGGCACUGAUUGUAAAGGGAAAUGUACAUUGAAUUACACAAUUCAGAAUCCAUCCAUGACAGACAGCGGGACAUUUACACUUUGGGUACAACUGACAAGUGGAUGUAAUGAAGGACAUUUCAGUGUGAUCUUAUCAGAGGAGGUCAUUCCUGCAGCACCAGAGGAGGUCAUUCCUGCAGCACCAGAGGAGGUCAUUCCUGCUGCACCAGAGAAUGUCACUCUUGCACCCCAAGGUUCGGGCGCCAAGGCACCACAAGAAAAAACAGAACAGCCUGACGACAAAAGUGCUCGUAAUCAUCAAGUGGUUGUAAUUUUUGCGGCCCUCCUGACCAUCUUAGGCCUCACUUAUUUGGCGAUUUUCUGCAGAAACCAUAGAACAACGAUUUCUCAGAGACUGAAUUUUGACCUCUUCAGGAAGCAAAGCACAUCGCAGGGAAUGGUGUGACUCGCUGUCUCAGUAGUGCCAAUGUGUUCUUUUCACAGCUGAUGAGAGAGGGACAGAAAAUAAAGAUGUGACAUACUGAAAAGUUGGACAGUUUUAGGUAGAAAUGCCACUGGCAGGUUUCCAUUGGUGCAGAUGUCACUUUUGUGAAAUGUUUAUAUGUAAUGUAACAAAUGUGAAUAUGUAUUUUUCUGUCUUGCACUUUUUAUGUCUGAUUUCUGUGAAAGAACAUUAUAUCACUGACACAAUGUGGUCAUUGAAUAAAUGAGCUCAGUAAGGGCCAGUUUUUAAUCAGGCUACUCUACUGUGCCCACUGGAGUUAUGUUGUCCUGCUUGUAAGUUCUUAUAAAUGCUGAACCAUCUAAACUUAUUCUCCACGCAAACUGUUCACUGUGGUACAUCAUUAAUCUACUGUGCAUUGGAACAUAUGAUUGGAAACAAAGACUAUAGAGUGGCGCUAAAUCAUUGAAUUAAGCUUUUCUUUCACUUUUUUUUGUUUCAUAUUCUAUUUUAUGUUUGAUGUCCAGAUAUUAUGGAGUUUAUAGAUAAACACAGAUAUAUAAGCUUAAAGUACUAAUAAACGUUUCUAUAUAUAAACAACUGUAAGCUAUAUGUAUGAUUGUGGUUUUGGCUGGAAUUUGAAAGAAAGGCUUUAAUUUUUCUGUUUAAAAGAAUAGAUAUAUAUUUUUGCUAUUUUUUCAGCAGAGUGAGGGAAACAUAUUUCUCAGUCCAGCUUUAUUCAGAUCUACAUCUCUCUAUAUUUUAUGGAGUACAAUAAUAAUAUUUGUUCUUUUUUUUUCUUCUGAAAUGAAUAUGACACAAAUCUGAUGUUCACAAAAUUUAUGCAUUAGCUAAAUAAAUACAGAAUUCAAUACUGAA